AUGGUCUCCUCGUACGUGUCCGUGCUGCUGGGCGGCCUCGCUGCUGCCGGACAGGCCAGGGCGGGCAGUGUCGACUCCUUUGUUGCCCACGAGCAGACGGUUGCCCUGCAGGGUGUACUGAACAACAUUGGCGCCGACGGCUCACUGGUGCCCGGCGCGGCGGCGGGACUGGUGGUGGCGAGCCCGUCCAAGACGAACCCCAACUAUUUUUAUACGUGGACGCGUGACUCGGCGCUGACGCUGCGGAUGCUGGUGGACGAGCUCAUCUUUGGCAACACCAAGGUGCAGGGCGUGAUUGAGGAUUACGUCAAGGCGCAGGCGGUCCUGCAGACGGUGUCGAACCCGUCGGGCACGCUGCUGCCGUAUGGCCUGGGCCUCGGCGAGCCCAAGUUCAACGUCGAUGGUACCCGUUUCAACGGUGCUUGGGGGCGUCCCCAGCGCGACGGCCCGGCGCUGCGUGCCAUUACGCUCAUCGACUACUGCAACUGGCUGCUCGACCGCGGCGAGCACAAACAGGUGUCGGAGGUGAUCUGGCCGGUCAUUGCCAACGACAUUUCCUAUGUUGGGCAGUACUGGAACACGAGUGGCUACGAUCUCUGGGAGGAGGUCUACGGCUCCAGUUUUUUCACCACACAAAACCACUACAAGAGUCUCGUCGCCGCCCGUCAGCUGGCCGACAAAAUCGGGGCCACGUGCACUGGCUGUAUCGAGGCCCCCAACGUGCUGUGCUUCCUGCAGACGUUCUGGAACGGCGACUUCCUGACGGCCAACAUCAACGUCGACAGCGGCCGCUCGGGCAUCGACGCCAACACGAUGCUGGGCGCCAUUUCCGUGUUUGACGUUGCGGCCGACUGCUCGCACCCGAGCCUGCAGCCGUGCCACAGCCGCUCGCUGGCCAGCUUCAAGGUGUUUGUCGAUACCUUCCGCAACGGCAGCCUGUACGCCGUCAACGAGGGCGUUCCGUCGAGCGCAGGUGUGGCCCUGGGCCGCUACCCAGAAGACGUCUACUUCAACGGCAAUCCCUGGUACCUCAUCACACAGGGCGCCGCCGAGUUUUUGUACGACGCCGUCGCUCAGUGGACGCGCCAGGGUGCCAUUGCCGUCGACGCGACGUCCGAGGCCUUUUUCAGGGACCUGUACCCGGCGGCCAGGGCCGGCGAGACCUACCGCAGGAACGCCAAGGACACCACCAAAGGCAAGGGUGCCCCGCCGCGCGCUGCCUUCCAGGCCAUUGUCCACGCCGCCACCGCCUACGCCGACUCGUUCGUUGCCGUCGCCGAAAAGUAUACGCCCCGCGACGGAUCGCUGUCCGAGCAGUUUGACAAGAGCACGGGCCAGCCGCUGUCGGCCAUUGACUUGACCUGGAGCUAUGCCGCCUUUGUCACCAUGGCCCGCCGCCGUGCCGGCCACUACCCCAAGUACUCGUGGACCCAGUCGGCGCCUGCGGCAGUGCCGUCGGUCUGUUUAGCCUCAUCGACCAACGGCGUCUACGCCCCGGCCACGGCCGCCGGCGCCCCCAAUGUCACUGCCAGCUGUACGAGCGGCGUCCUCUUUGUCGUCAACGCCAGCACCUACUACGGCGAGAACGUGUACCUCGUCGGCAACACCACCGACCUCGGCGCCUGGGACCUCGCCAACGCGCAGCCCCUGUCGGCCAACAACUACACGUCCGAGCGCCCCGAGUGGUUCGCCGAGGUGCAGAUGACGGCCGGCGAGUACGUCAGCUACGUCUUUGUGCGCGAAGAGGACUGCGGCCAGGCCAGCAUCUACGAAACGGUCAACCGCACGCUGCUGGUGCCGGCCUGCGACGAGAACGCAACGCCCAAUUCGCCGCCCUUGCUGACCACGGACAAUGCGUGGACCGGGCCCACUGGCAGCUCGGGUGGUUGUUAA